AUGCAAGCGUGGCGCACGGUCCAGUUCGUCAUGACGGGCAUGAAACACUUCACCAAGAGCGGCUACGAGAAGCACGCCAAGGAGUGGGCGAAGGCGCCGGACGACGUGAUGCAGCGCAGCCUGCGAGGGCGCACCGCGGUGGUCACGGGCGCCAACCAGGGCAUAGGGUUCCAGGCGUCCGUCGACCUCGCGAGGCGCGGGUGCAAAUUGAUUAUGGUGUGCAGGAACCAGGGGCGGGGCGAGGAGGCGCGGAAGAAGGUGCAGGAGGCGAGCGGCAACGACGACGUCCACUUGCACCUGUGCGACGUCUCCAGCCUCGACAGCAUCCAAAGGUUCGUCGACGAGCUCGAGGCGCAGAGCGCGCCCGUGUCGAUCCUCGUGAACAACGCGGGCGUCAUGAUCAACGAGCCGCGGCCCUCCGCGGACGGCUUCGAGACCAACUUCGCGACCAACACCCUCGGCACCUUUGCGCUCACUCGCCGGAUGCUGCCGGCGCUGCGCCGCGGGGCGCCGGCGCGCGUCAUCACGGUUACGUCGGGCGGGAUGCUCACGGAACCGCUGGAGGUCGAGGACCUCGAAGGGAAGCGCAUGUCGAAGUUCGACGGGACCAAGCAGUACGCCCGCAACAAACGCCAGCAGUCGGCGCUGUGCGAGAGGAUGGCGGAGGUGUACGGACGGGACGAGGCGGCGCCGGUGCGGUUCUACACGAUGCACCCGGGGUGGACGGGGACGGAGGGGGUCAAGAACGCGAUGCCGGACUUCGACAAGUCAAUGGGGGACAAAUUCAGGACCCUCGAGCAAGGGGCGGACACGAUCACGUGGCUAGCGCUGGCGGACGAGGACAAGCUCGAGCAGGGCGGGUUCUACCUCGACCGCAAGCCCUGGCCCAAGCACCUCACCCUCGCCCGCACGUCCUACUCCUCAGCGGACGUCGAUCGACUCUGGACACAACUCGAGACCAUGGCCGGCCUAGUCGGCACGCCCGCAGCGUAG